CACGAUUUUGUUUUGACACGAUCACCUGUCAUUUAUUCAAGAAAUUAGAUUCGGCAUGUUAGUCUAGGUUCAAGUUCGAAAUUUUUUUCUAGUAAUUCCAAAUUUCUAAAUUUCCAGUUAAGUUGAAAAUUCAGGGUAUUAGAGGUUCACCAAGCAAACUUCAAUCAAAUUCAAGACAAUGAGGGAAGUUAUCUCAAUUCAUAUCGGCCAAGCUGGUGUACAACUGGGCUCCAACUGCUGGGAGCUUUACUGCUUAGAGCAUUGUUUAGAUCCGAGCGGUAACAUCUCAGAAAAUGACCGCAGGUGCUUCACCGAAGUGCCCGCAUGCAUGGUCGACGAAGCCGGCGACACGAACGAAAUCAGGAAGCCCAUGAAAAACCUGCUUCUCACCGCGGAGCAGGACAAAAUCAUGGGCGACGGCUUCAGCUCGUUUUUCAUGGAGACCUCCAGUGGAUCUUUCUCGCCCAGGUCGAUUUUCAUCGACUUGGAACCAACUGUCAUAGACGAGGUGAGAUCCGGAAAGUACAAAAAGCUUUUCACUCCAAAUUAUUUAGUGAGCGGAAACGAAGAUGCGGCUAACAACUAUGCCCGGGGUUUCUACACCACGGGAAAAAUGAUACUGGAUCGCGUUAUCGACCCAAUCAUUAAAAUGGCCGAGGCGAGCGAUAAACUACAGGGAUUCAUGCUUUUCCACUCCUUCGGAGGUGGGACCGGGUCGGGUUUCCAUAGCCUGCUCUCCCAGGAGCUCACUCAGGAGUAUUACAAGAAAAGCAAACUUGAAAUCGCCGUUUUUCCGUCACCAGCAAUGUCGACAGCGGUCGUUGAACCAUACAACACAAUUCUCACCACAAAUACAACUUUGGAUAAUACGCAGUGCGUGUUUUUAGCGGACAACGAAGCGAUGUACAAUAUCUGUCAGAAUAGGCUUGAUAUUGACAGCCCUUCCUAUCAGAAUCUGAACAGGCUUCUGGCUCAGACUGUCAGCUCGAUCACAGCCAGCCUACGCUUCAAAGGAACGCUGAACGCGGAUUUCUCGGAUUUCCAGACCAACCUGGUCCCCUUUCCGAAAAUACACUUCCCCAUCGUCAGCUACGCACCGAUCGCGGGGGUGAAGUCCGCCAGCCACGAAAGUUCCAACAUCCUCGACAUCACGAACAAGUGCUUCGACAUAUCGAACCGCCUAGUCAGGUGCGACAGCGAGACCGGCCGCUACAUCUCGUGCUGCCUGCUGUACCGCGGGGACGUAGCGCCGAAGGACGUGAACGCUGCAAUUUCGCUGAUAAAGUUGAAAAAAGCCGUCAAAUUCGUCAAAUGGUCACCGACCGGAUUUAAGAUCGGCAUCAACAACCGGGCGCCUUGUGUCUUCCCAGACGGUGACAUGGCGCCUUCGCAUAAAGCGGUCUGCAUGCUGUGCAACACGACCGCAAUCAAAGAAGCAUGGGCGAAUCUUAACAUAAAGUUCAAUCUGAUGCUGGAAAAGAAAGCGUUCAUCCAUUGGUACACAGGUGAAGGUAUGCACGAACAAGAGUUUUUCGACGCUCAGGAUAACAUCCUCAGUCUUGAACAAGAGUACGAAUCGAUGCAAGAUUAAAAGGUUUACAAGAAACAAGAAAUAUCCCAUUAGCAAGUACUGCAUGGCAAGAUCUUCGAGAAAGGCAAGAUAUAAGCAAGUUAGAAGCCAUGUUUGUAUAACACAAGGAUUCAAGAUGUGUACUUGUCUAAUGUAUUGUAAUUUCGACAUUCGUCUCUCGUCUUUUCCACAUUUUGACAAAUAUAAAACAUUGAAAAGUC